AUGGAUUCGACGGGGUUCCCCCCUCACAAUAUGGGCGGGCCUAACCAGGCGAUGCAGAUGCAGCAACAGGCACAUAUACAACAGCAACAGCGCCAGCAGCAGCAACAGCGAGCGGGCGGUCCUCAGCCAACUCAGCAACAAAUGCACGCCAUGAUUUUUCAGAACCUUUCAACGCAGACCGGGCCUCUGUCUGGAUGGCAAAGUCAGGUUGCAAUGAGCGAGCGUGUGGGGUUAAUUUACAACCUUGUUUCAAGUCUUAGACUUGCAAGUGCGGGACAAGCGACUGCCCCGGGCCCGGGUCAAAUGAUGCAAAUCGGAAUAAAAUUUGAAAAGGAGAUUUUUGACAGAUCCAUAGACAAGGCUGCCUACAAGCGUGCUCUCGACGAGAAGCUGCAGCAAUUGCUCGAACGACGAAAUCAGAACCAGACUUCUCUUCAACAUAGCAUCAAUCAGCAGGCACAAGCGCAAGCAGCCCAGAACCAACAAGCUCAGAUGAUGAUGCAAAACGGCAUGCACGGCCAACAGUCGAGAGCGAUGGGCCAACAGCCCUCCCAGCAAGGUUUUCAACAUCUGCAGCAUCAAAUGCAAGCGACGCCUCUCCCUGGACAACAACCACAUCCCCAGAUGGGAAUGGGAAUGGGAAAUGAUUCACUUCCUCUGAAUAUGGGCCAGAAUCAUCAACAGCAGCAAUUUCAGAUGGCUAUGCAGCAAGCACAACAGCAGCAGCAGAAUGGUAUGGGCCGACCGCUCAAUGGCCAGAAUAAUUUCAAUCAGCCGGAUUCAGCCCUACUAAUGGAAUUAGCGAACCGAUUACUGAAUCAGACCUCCAUGGAGGAGCGAGUUGCUCUCAAGAACAGACUCCUUGAAAGCAUGACUCCACAAGUACUACAGGAUCUUCAGAUGCGAGGGCAAGACCCGUUGAUUAUGUAUUUCCGUCAGCAAGCCCUUCAGAGACUCCGCAACGACAAACAGUUACGGAUACAACAAGCUCAGCAACAACUUGCCAUGUCACAGCAGGCUCAAGGUUUACCGAACGGAGCGCCAAUGCAGCAACAGAGGUCCAUGAAUCCAAGUCCGUUAAACGGGCAGUCCCAACUAGCUGCCGGCAUGGGUACCAACAGCGAUUUCAACUUUUUGAACAACAUGGAUAAUCUUGCCGCUCAACAGAAACAGGCCGCGAUGGCAGCGGAAGCCGGGCAAGUUGUGGUACCGGCGAACGCGGCCCAGAGAAACGGCACACCCCAGCCCGGAGCCAUGUCAGGACAACAGCUGAACAUGGGCAUGAAUGGACAGCAGGGAGUACCAAAUCAGAUGAAUGCGGCUCAACAACAGCAGAUCCGCAACAAUCAGCAACUUCAGCAACAACAAAGAUUGGCUCAACAGCAGACACAUCAGGCUCAAAUACAGGCCAGGAUGAAUGCGCAGAAGAUGGGCCUUCAGGGUCAGCCAGGCGGCAUGGGCAAUGGACCAAUGCCUCCGCAGCAGAGCCCAGCCUUACCAACAUUGAACGCCCCAUUAAGGACACCGUCCCAAAUGGGCCAUCAGGACUCUCCCCAGGUCAAUCCAAAUUCACACUUUGGACAGCAGUUAGACCCUCGGUUCGCUCAAGCUAAUAAUCGAGGACUCAUGGGCCCAGGCGCCGGCAUGAAUGCUGGCUUCAAUCCGCAGCAAUUGAUGGCUAGUAUGUCUCGGGAACAGCAGCAAAAAGUGGGACAGCUACCCCCUGACAAGUUGCAAGAGGUUUUGAUGAAGCUGAACGAGCAGAGAGCCAUGAACUCUGCGAAUCCACAGCGACCGCAGAUGCAACAGGGCAACAACCAAAUCCAACCUGGUAUGCAAGUCCCUCAGGGAAAUCAAUUUGGCAUGCCUGGCCAGCGACCAGCUCAGUUGAAUGGUUCCAAUAUGACACCACAGCAGCAGAUAGCGCUCCAAGAACAAAUAGCUCGCCUACAGCAAAAUCCACAGCAGCGUCAACCCUUACCCCCGCACAUGGAGCAAAAUAUUGUCAGAACGAUGGAUGGAGUGGAUUUUCCAAGCAACCUUCAUAACCAUGGUAGCUUCCCCCAAGGUGUACCGCCAGAGAUUAAAAAAUGGGGUCCCCUGAAAGUUUGGGUUCAGCAAAACCAGAACAGUAUAGCACCUGAAGUACCAGAGACUCUUAGACAAUUACAGAGAAUUCACUGGCAGGCGAUGGUACGGGGGAGGAACAGUACGGUUCAGGCAGGUCAAGCGGGUGGGAUGCAACCUGGUAUCCAAGGAGGGCAAGCUGGGAUGCCAGGUAUGCCAAUGUCUGCUCCAGUUGCCCCUAUGACACAAAACGCGAUGCAACAACCACCUGGCAUGAAUAUGGCCGGACUUGGCCAAAUUCGCCAGCCUACGCAACAAGAAAUUCAAAAUGCGCGACAGCAUCCAAGUGGUAGAAUGGCUGCCGCGACGGAUGACCAGAUUCGUCAGUUCCUUAUGCAACAACAGAGGCACCGACAGCAAAUGAUGCAAAAUAUGCAAAUGCAGAAUCAAAUGCCACAGUUGAACAUGCAGCAAGGCCGGUCUGGCCAGCAGCCUCAGAUGGCAAACGCAAGACCCGCAGUUCAGCCACCUGCCCAGCCUAAUCAACCUAAGCAGAUGCCACCGAAUGUGAAUACUCCCAAUGCUGCUAACAAUAAUCUCCAAAAUGCCAACCGCAACGCCCGACCCGCAGCCAAUUCUACUCAAAACGGCCCACAGAACUCUUCCCCCGCUCAGCCAUCAAAGAGUCUGAAACGAAGCCAAAGUGACGAUGUUAUUGAGGUCCCAAAUCCUAACAUUUCUCAACCUUCACGGCAGCCUGUCCAACAGGCUCACGCGGCCCAACAGAACCAGCAAACCCUGCAGAACCAAGCGGGCAACGCACAGCAGAACCAAGGCCAGAAACCAGUUGUUCCUCCAGGCCGUCCAAGUUUGAAUCUAACCCCACAACAAGUCGCUGCAUUGGACCCAGAAGCUCGAAAGAAACACGACCUCGGCGUCCGUCUUGCGCGAGCUGAGCAAAAGAUCAAAGCUUUUGCAAGCGACGAGCAAGAAAAGUCGGACAACACGCAGUUUGUCCCCGUUCCAAUGAACGCCGAUACCAAGGCUUCUGUUCAGACAAUGCUGAAGGAAAUCCUCACCCCACUGAUGAACAUGUCGAGAGCCAUGCCUCGCUAUUAUAUGAUAUCGCAGGACGAAAAGCGGGCAAGAACUUUUUACGCAUUAAAAAGCAAAAUUGCCAGACAAUUUCAAGACCCACAAAUGUCCCAGAUGAAGGAUAGUCUCUCGAUUUCUCUCAAAGAUAUAGAAAAUGCACGGAUGUUUCUAAAUGACAUUGUAAAUGAUUUGAGUCAACGACACCCGACCAUGAAAAAAUCUCUCGCCACAGUUCCUCAGCCUGCACCAACUUCACAGUCAACUGCACCGAACAACGCUGCGCAAGCUUUGUCCACGGCUCCAUCGACAGUUCCACUGAAUGCGGCAAACCUUCAAGAGCAGCAACAGCAAUUAAACAAGAUGCAUCACAGAAGUGGGAGUCGAUCAAACGUGCCUGCCGCGCCAACACAAACCCACGCUCCAUACCAAUUUGGUAGCGCAAAGUCUCCGCCUGAUGGGGUUCCUGCCUAUGAUCGUUCCUAUGCUCUUAAGAACAACUUGACGCAAGAAAACCUCCAGCUGCCAGCUCACAAGAACAAGAAGCAAAGGCCAAACAGCAAUGCUCCUGGUCAAAAUAGCUCUGCCAAUGCCUCGCCGCAAGUAUCAAAGACCCCUAUCUCGCCAGAUAUGAAACGUCAGAUAUCCGAGUCAAAACUUCAAGCGAAGCCUUCUUUGUGUUGUUCGGAGCCUGAAUGUGAAAGGCACAAUGUUGGGUUCGAUAACGAAGAAGCACUCCGGCAACAUACGCAGGAAGAACACAUUAAGCCAUUGUCUAAUCCAUUGCAGUACGCGCAACAGAAUCUGGCAUCCUCGCUGGGUUUGGAUAACCAAGGUCGCCAGCAACACCAAGUCGCUGCGAAGCAAAGUUCCACGCAGCCACCCACAGCUGCGAAGAUGGCCCAAAGCGUAUCGAAACAAGGACAGACCCCUACGAUGAAAGCCGGAAACACGCCGGCCUCUUCAACUCCUAUGCAUCGACAGGCUUCUAUGAAUCGUCAACCGAGUGGCGCUGGUGCUCGACCAGCGACUCCAGCUAAAGGGACCCCUCUGAAAGAUGGAGCCAGCAAUGAGGCAAAGCAGACGGCACCAGUACCGGAGCCUGUCAUUGAGGAUCCUUGGGCCAACGCAACGAUUGACCCUAACGAUCUCUUCCAAGCCUUUCAGCCAUUCGAGAGUGGAGCCGGAGGUGCGAUCUCAGACAUGAAUGUCUAUCGUUCUAUCACUCCAAAUGAUACUCCUGAAUCAAGCAAGGAUUCUGGCGUUUCGGAGCCUAAUAGCGAUAUCUCGGAAGGUGUUGGGUUAGAUAUUAGUCUCGAUCUAUUCGGAGACAACAGUUGGGAACCAUUUGGUUCGAGCGAUGCGAACAUGCUCUUUGAUAUGGAUAAUUUUGGUGCUAGUAAGGACGUUGACGCAAUGAUGUUUGACGAUCCGCAAGCACCGCUCAACCUUUCUUGGGAUGAUGUAGUCGACCCUUCAGCUUUCGAUAAGCCAUUUUCUUUCGAUACAUCUUAUUAUUCGAUGAACGCCGACUAG